AUGAAAGGCAAGGCGAGGCUGCUCUGCGCGCUUCUGCUUGUGCUGCUCUCCGUUGCGGCCCGCCUCCAGGGCGUGUGGUGCCUUGGCGGAGGUGGCGGUCACGGCGGCGGUGGUGGAGGUGGUGGCCACGGCGGCGGUGGCGGGAGGGGUGGUGGCUAUGGCGGCGGUGGCGGGAGAGGUGGUGGCGGUUUCGGGAGAGGUGGCGGCAACGGCGACGGUGAAGAAGGCGGCAGCGGUGGAGGCGGUUCCGGGAGAGGGGGCGGCGGCGGGGUUUUUCCGUGGUCGCACUCGCACGGGAACGGGCGCAGCGCCGCGGCUGAACCUCGUGGCCGCGGCGUCUGGAGGCUUUCCGGUGCUGCCACAACCUUCGCGGCCGCGGUCCUCGUGCGGUGGCUCUGA